GCAUGCGCAGGCAGAGGUUACUCGCACAAGUCAAAGAGCCCUUCUGCAUUCAUACCUGUCGCCGUGCGCUGCUCAAGACCUUGUUUCGUACAUUGAAUAUCUUUUUUUGCUUGUACGAUUUUGUUGAUUUACUCGGGAGACAUGGCCAUCGCACAGGAGAUUCUCUUUGCAAAUAUCGAUCAAUUGAUACGGCAUCGUGCAAAGACGCAUGCCGAUAAGCCGAUUCUCUCCUAUGCAGAUGAGAGCGGCGAUUUUCAAAAGUAUACCGGGGCUGACGUGGAGCGAUUGACCAGAAUUGCAGCGACGGCAUAUCGCAGAGCGCUUCCUGGCAAGGAUGGGCUGUUCAGGGUUGCUCUGGUGGGAGUGUCAAGUUUGGAGUAUUACAUUGCAUUCUUCGCAUUGCAGCGUAUGGGCUUGACGUCCAUGUUCAUAUCUCCACGGCUCGCAGACCAAGGGUAUGCCCAUCUCCUGGCCGCCACUGGAUGCCAGGUGGUGAUUGCAGGAGAAGCGUCUAUGAAGACGAUUGAACGGGUUCGCGAGACGAGUGGCUCGCCAGCCAUUAUCAUACCGCUCCUGGAUAUGAAGGCGCUGUCCGAUGCAGGGCCUGUGGAUGAGCGGUUGUUGCCUGUACCGGCUGGCAGCCAACAGGAGUUCAUCAUCCACAGCGGCGGUACGACGGGCUUGCCAAAGCCGGUAGUGCUCUCUCCAAGCGCGUGGCUGGCACAAGCAGCUGCAGUGGCGGCACGCAUGCCGCGCGCCGAUACUUUGACGACACUGCCUUUGUUCCACAGUUUUGGCCUGGCCACGUUACUCCGCUGUCUGGUGAACGGCACGACGCUCGCGAUUCUGAACGCAAACCGGCCGAUAACGGCAUCCAUCAUCAAUUCGGCAAUCGAGUGCACAUGGUCCAGGGCGCUGGUGACGGUUCCAUACAUUCUGAAAUUCUUCACCGAGAUUCCCGGCGGUGUCGCGCGACUGGCCAGUCUGACCCAAGUCAUCGCCGCUGGGUCGGCCAUUCCCAACGACCUCGCAGAAGUGCUGCUGGCCGAGAAGGCGCGCGUCUACCAUCUGUACGGCUUGACUGAAGCAGGAGCGCUGAUGGAAGCAUGGGCGACGGAUUUCCGGUGGGUGACUCCGCUGGCGCACGCCGCGCCCUUUUUGAAGUUUGAGCCUGUGGGCGAUGGCUGCUUCCACCUGGUGGUGAUGCCGGGGCUUCCCGCCAAGGUGUACUCGAACCGCGAGGAUGGCUCGUACGCGACCAAAGACGUGUUUCGGCCGCAUCCGACGGAGCCGGGCAUCUGGCGCUUCGUGGCCCGGCAGGACGACCUGAUUGUGCUGAUGAACGGCGAAAAGGCGGACCCCACGCCGCUGGAGGAGGCCGUGUCGCGGAACCCCAACGUGCGAGCAGCCGUCGUGUUUGGGGCGGAGCGGGACUCGCUGGGCAUGGUGGUGGUGGCGUCGGAGGCUGCCAAGGCGCUGAGUCAGCAGGCGCUGCUGGACAGCCUCGCCGCCAACGUCGCCGUGGGCAACUCGCGCGUGCCGGCGUAUGCGCGCAUCUCGCACGACGCCCUCAUCCUCAAGCCCGCCGGCACGCCCUUCCCCUGCACCGACAAGGCCACCAUCAUCAAGCCGCGCUUCCUGCAGACGUUUGCUGCCGACAUCGACGCCCACUAUGAGGCUCGCGCACGCGCGACGACGGCCGCGCCCGACGUGCCCGACGACGACGUCGCAUCCGUAGUCGGCCACGUCGUCGCCACGGCGCUGGGCCUGCCCGCCCUCGACGACGACGAUGCCGACUUCUUCGCGCUGGGCAUGGACUCGCUGCAGGCCUCCAACGUGCGGUCCGGCCUGGUCAGGAGCGUCAGCCUGCGCGGCGCCACGCUCGCCACCAACGUCGUCUUCGAACAUGCCACCGUCACGCUCCUGACGCGCCAUGUGCUCGACCUCCGACGCGGCCUCUCCACCCAGCAGGACUCGCCCGAGGCGCUCGCCCUCGAGCUGGUGGCCAAGUACUCGCACUUCGCCCCCUCUCCGCCCGGCGAGCUCACGGGCGGGCCGGCUUGCGUGCUGCUCACGGGCGCCACGGGCGCAGUCGGCUCCCACUUGCUGCACCAGCUCGUCACCGACCCGGCCGUCGCCCAAAUCUACUGUCCUGUCCGCGCCGCAGACACGCCCACAGCACACGCGCGCAUCCACGAGGCCCUCGACCGCGCCCGCCUCCUCGCCCGCCUCGACCCCGCAGCCCACCUCUCCAAAGUCGUCGCCGUCCCCUGCGACUUUGCCGCGCCCAAUCUCGCCCUCCCUGCGAGCCUGGUCGCUCACUUCUCCUCGGCCCUCACGCACAUCGUCCACAACGCCUGGUCCGUCAACUUCAACCACUCGCUCCGCAGCUUUGAGCCGCACUCCCUUCGCUCGACCCACUUCCUCCUCACCCUCGCUGCCGAGUCUCUCCGCUCCCCCAAGCCCACCGUGACCUUUGUCUCCAGCAUCGCCGCCGCCCUGUGUGCCGAGCCUGCCCAUGCCAUCCCCGAGACGCUACACCCCUGGUCCGCCGUCGCCGGAAUGGGCUACGCACAGAGCAAGUGGGUUGCUGAGCACAUGGUCGCUGCUGCCGUUGAGAAGGCCCAAGUCCCGGCUCGCGUCGUGAGGCUGGGGCAGGUGUGUGGCGACACCGAGUGGGGCAUGUGGAACGCGACCGAGGCAUUCCCGACCACAGUACAGGCCGCCUGUACGAUUGGAGCCUUGCCAGUGGUCGAGGGUGACCAUGACGACGAGGAGGAGAGCUGGUUGCCUGUGGAUGUGGCGGCAAAGGCGUUGGCGCAGGUGGCGUUGGCGCCUCAGCAGAUGGAGAAGACGUUGCAUGUGCUGCAUCUUGUCAACGAGGCACCCAUCCUCUGGAAUGCGCAGUUCUUGCCAUGCUUGAGAAAACACGGUCUGGAGUUCGAGGCGGUGCCGCAGAGAGAAUGGGUCUGUAGGCUAGAAGCCUCAGAGCAGGAUGUGCAAGCCAACCCGCCUUUCAAGCUGCUCAGCUUCUUCAAGGAAAGAUAUGGAUCCGCCCAGGGAGCCUCGCAGCCAAGGUUCGACACCACUCAGGCAAGACAAUGGGCGCCUUGCCUGCAAGGCGGAGUGGACAUUAGCGAGGACCUGGUUGGGAAAUUUCUCCGAUACUGGACCGCGGAAGCGUGGGUGACCAAGUCUGAGGCCAGACUGUGAGACAGCCGUCUCGUGCAAGUAUUACAUAGAUUGUCAGCAUUGGUAAAUCCGUCGCUGAGUGUUCGCCGUUCAAAAUAGCUACCUCCUCUUUUACGCCGCUGUGCUCCAUCUACAGCAAAAGCACUAUGAACCCGUUGUUUAGCCCAGUAACCAGUGUCUGUUUUCUUGUUAGCAAACAGCUCUCCAGCUGACUUGGCUGACGAAUACGUCGCUCGCGAUGCCAAGACUCUAUCAAUACCCACAACUCAAGACUGCAUAGCAAACCCCAGGAUAGUAGGUGGACAUUGUACAAGUCAGUCAGUUUUGU